AUGGAAAAUCCGCCACAAUUUGAUAUUGAAAGUUUACAAAAGAAUGCUCCCUAUAGUGCUCCAUUUAUAAGGCCACAUGUAAAACAGUAUCCCCCGCAUUUCAUCCCUCAACAACCGUCUAUGUUUGGAGCACAUGGAUCAACUAUUCCGCCGCAGUACCUGCCACCAUAUCAAGCUCCAUCUUCCAGAAGAAGCAACUUUAAUCCCUACAAUCGGGCAAGAAAAGAAAUCUGGUGUGAAACAUGCGAGUGGAGCUUUUUCAGCAUCGAAAAAUUUGAACAACACAAGGCUGAACAUAAGAGAUGUGAAUUCGAUGGAUGUGCAUUCGAGGGACACAGUCGACUUCUGGCAAAACACCUCGAAAUACACAACAGCAAAUUGGGGAGCAUCGAAAGUGCUGAGGAUAUUGCAAAGUGGAGAGAGGAGCGCAGGAAGAACUAUCCAACAGCUAAAAAUAUUGAACUUAGGAGAAAAGCGCAAGUAGAGAAGAAUAAGAGGGGUGAACGUAUUUCUGAACGUAAAACACGUUUUGGUGAAAAAUUGAAAGGACAAUUCAAAAGUUCAAAGAAUCAAUUUAGAAAGAGAACUCCUACAGUAAAUGUACCUGCCAGUCCGGAAGAGACUUGUUUGAAAGAAGAACUCAAUCAAGGGGUGUCAAUGUUCAGAGGCACUAGUAGCAUUGAAGAUUAUGUUGAUGUGCAGAACAAUGUACUAGCACAGCUUUUGAGUGUUUAUGAAAGUGGCUCAGAGAGUGAAUCAGAGGGAGAAAGUAAAGAGGUCGAAAAACAAAAGGAUGAAACUGUAAUAUCCAAGACAGUUGAGCAUGAUCUUCCCAAAGAGCAUAAAAUUUCAAGUCAGAAAAACGAAAAAGGAGCAAGUCAUUCAAGAGAAAUAACAGCAGUUGAGAAACCUGAAAAAUUUACAAAGAGAAAAUUCUCCAAGGAUGCCAAAGAUGGAACUGAGAAACCUACAAAAAUCUACAAAGGACUCAACUAUGAUUUUCUUCGCAGGAGACAUCCUCCAACGAUGCUAUCAAAGCUCCUGGAAAAGGAGAUAAGACAUGAAAGGAAUGUACUCUUUCAGUGUGUUCGAUAUGUCGUCGAAAAAGACUUCCUGGGUGUUGCAAAGUAACAUUUUGUAUCUUCUUUAAAUAAACAUUUCAUAUAAUA